CGAGCCUAAUCCAAACUUUUGGAUGGCCUUGAAACCUUAGAUGCUGUGGAUAUUUCGGGUUCUCCCCAAAGUCCAAUCGUCUCUCUCUGGAAGUGGGAGAACAUUUGGGAUUUUGUGCCAUUUCCCCAAGAUUUCCCCGAAAUUUUCUACAGCGGCUUCUCCAAAAUUGAGAGAUUGGGAUAUCCGGCAAGACGACAAUUUAUGAACGAAUCAAUCAGUUAUCAUCAUCGCAGCCAGUUGUACAGUGAUACUGAAGUUCGCACAUAGAAAUGGGUGUCCACUCAUAUUCAUCUUUGUUUGAAUAUCUCAAAAAUGUUGGUGUUCAUAUGCUUGACGAACUGUACACUCAUCCUCCAACAUGUCUUGUCGUUUUUAGAGAAUUACCUGAACUAGCGAAACAUUUUGUCAUGCGACUUUUAUUUAUUGAACAACCAAUACCGAAAUCCAUUGUCUUUGGGUGGGUUGAAAAGGGUUCUAGUGCACUUCUAAAUGACUCAUGUAAAGCUUUGACUGAUUUGAGAAUAUGGCAUUCUACAGACAGUAAUGUUUCUCGAGGCUCUUGGUCGUUAAAUAAAAAGUAUCAAGAGUCGAUUCGGAUAUCACUGUUUGGAGGUGGAAAACCCUUACUUGGAGAUUUAGGCAUAGUGACAAACGAUAAGUACUCAAAAAGUGUUGACUUUUUAAAAUCGUAUGCAGCUGAACGUUGGGAUGCUAUACUUCACUUUAUGGUAGGUUCUGAAUCAGCGGAAGUUGGAAGUGUUGUGAAGGAUGUCCUUUUAUUGUCCAAUUUAAUGAAAUGUGAAGGUAAUGAUUGUCCAAUCGGUAUCACAAAGCAUGGGUUCCAUUUCUUGCUUAUGAGUCGACAGUUUCAAGUGCUAGUUUUCAUCCUGCACUACUUUGACUACUUAAAGAGCUAUCCAGUAGAGGCACUGAGUACUGCCCAACAGGAAGUAUUACAACAUAUGCGCGAACUCGGCUUAGCUUAUCAACGAAAGCGUACAGCGCCUCGUUUUUAUGUAACUCCUCUUGCUUUGGAUGUAGCUGGAGGUCAUACUACUUUCUUGGAAAGUAAAUCAGGUGGAUGGGGUCCACAAUUAGGAGUUAUUCCUACUGGUGUCUCAAAAACAGAUCCCACCGAUGGCAACAAAAUGUUUUCGCAAAUUUCAGUAUCGAAUUCUUCUGAUGUUGGUUAUAUUUUGCUAGAAACCAAUUUCCGACUAUACGCCUAUACUGAUUCACCGCUUCGUACCGCUCUUCUUAGUUUAUUUAGCAAAAUACGUGCACGUUUUCCUAAUCUUGUUGUUGCUGAUAUAACUCGUGACUCAGUUCGUGAAGCAUUAAUUCGUGGAAUAACUGCAAAUCAGAUUCUAUCUUUCUUAACAACUAAUGCACAUCCAGAUAUGUUAUUACAGAAUCCUAUAUUACCGCCUACUUUAACCGAUCAAAUACGACUAUGGGAAUUAGAACGAGAUAGAUUUCUAUUUCAAGAAGGCUGUUUGUAUGAACAAUUCUCUCGGAAUACAGAUUUUGAAAUGGUUCGGGAUUAUGCUAAAAACAUUGGUGUUUUACUCUGGGAAAAUCCUGAACGAAGACUUAUGGUUGUGUCUAAAGCAGGUCAUGAAGAUGUACGGAAAUUUUGGAAACAUAAACGUCCAUCCUAAAACUUUGUCACUGUUCAAUUUUCUUUUUCUACUCCAGAUUAUAUGUACAUAUAUAAUUAGACAUUUUCAUUUUUAUUCUAACAGUAUUUGUUGAAGAAUGAUUUUUCAGCAAAACUCCAUGAUUUGUUAUUUUUAAACUUAAAACUCUGCUACUUCCGUUUUUUAACCAGUUUGAUGAAAUAUCUAGAGAAGUCACGCAGCAAUAAUAGUUAAACAAGAUAUUCAUAUACAUGGAAUAAAAUGAAAACUUGUUUAGCUUACUUGUUUACUUUCGUCACAGUGUUUGUCCUCUUAUUUUAGGAAGUUCUUAUCGAAAUAAGGUUUAGUAAGCUUCCAUUAUUGGAUUCGUGCGACUAGGUUUUGGUAUAUAAAUAUAUGACCUUCCACAGUCAAUGUACAUAAUUUUUACUAUAAAGAUUUUUAUUCCAGAAACUAUUACGACGAGUGCAUUAAUUCCAUUUCAGUAAUUAUAAUUCAAUUUGUAAUACAAUCAGUGAAGUUAAAACUUCUGAUGGACGAAUUUCUUACCAGUGAGUGACUACGCAACUGAACUUCAACACUAUUAUUGAAUAAUUACUAAAUCCAAUUAAAAGAUGUUGUUUACAACUUACUUGGAUAUGCAUUAAAAUCAAAUAGCAGUUGACACUUGUUCUACCGAAACUCUUGAUUUCAUAGUUGAUCAAAUCUUUGUUUUUAAUUAAAUUUACACAGAGAUGUAUUUAAAUAUAGCUUUCUAACUGCA